UGCCUAAACCCAACCUUCCAUCCCAACAUAGACCUUACACCCCCCAAACCAGCAGUGCCUACUGCCGCUUACACAAGCAACCUUCAGCCCGCAAACUCUGCUAAACCUUCAUCAUCAUCAUCAUUCUCUGGUUUCAUGCUGACUCCUCUUCCCUACCAUCACACCACCGCUGGGGCUUUGCAUGAAGGUUGGUGGCCUGUUGGAGCAGGACGAAUUAGCUCCCGUCGUCCUACAGCUGCACCUCCUUUCCGAUGGAUGUUUGAAGGUGGUGGUGGUGGUGGGGCUAAACCUCGCAUUACCACAGUUACCACAGCAAGUGUGUCAGUGCUGGCAGAGAGUGAUGUCCUCCUGCCGUGCAAAGCAACCGGGAAUCCUGAACCUAACAUUGCUUGGACGAAAGUCUCAACAGGUGCCACUGUCCCAGCUAACACCAAGCACGGUACUCGCUUUGAAGUCUUCAAAAAUGGAACUUUUGUUAUUAAAAACAUCCAGCUUCAGGAUCGAGGACAGUACCUUUGCACAGCCCAGAACAAGUUUGGAUCAGAUCGGAUGGUCAUCACUUUAGCUGUGCAAACUGAGGCACCCAGGAUUCAACUACCCAGGUCCACAGAGAUAGCAGUCUACUUAGGAAAAAAUGUGUUUCUGGACUGCCUGGCUUCUGGCAAACCACCAGCCCAGAUUUCCUGGAUCCUCCCAGACAAAACAUUUGUUCGAGAUGCCGGGACUCUUUACACUAUCCUCUCUCCAAUGUCUCUGCUUCAGAAUGGGACCCUUCACAUUCAUUCUGCUAAUUUCUCCAGCAAAGGGAACUAUAAAUGUAUUGCAAGCAAUGCAGCAGGUGCAGAUACAAUUACUUAUCAUCUGCACGUAGCAGCUCUGCCUCCAAGCAUAAGCGAAGAAGCACUGGAUAGUGUGAUCAUUCCUCCAGGCAGAGGUGUCUAUCUUCACUGUUCUGUGAAGGGCGAACCACCACCUGCUCUCAAGUGGACGCUCCCAGCAGGUGUCCAAGUCAAACCAUCACAGUUUCUGGGACGCAGGCUGUUUGUCUUCCCAAAUGGGACACUGUUCAUUAAGAAUGUUCUACCAUCUGAUGGUGGGAGGUAUGAGUGUUUGGCCAGUAACACUGUGGGAAUUGCCAAAAGAACGAUCCAGCUGGAUGUGAGAGCAGAUUCCUCUUCCUUCUCUCACCAACCUCCUCCUCCUCUUCCCAUUCCUCCAACACACCGGCAUGCUACCCCAUCCCGUCAACACACCGUCUCAGCUAUGUAUGGUUCUGCUGUUUACCUCCAUUGUCCGGAGUCUACUGACUCCACGAGAGGGACCAUCUGGCAACUACCAUCCAAAACGAUCCUGGAUCAUCGAUACAGUCCAGAGAGACCAAUUAAAGUUUUCCGUAAUGGGACCCUAAGGAUUCUUCAGUUAACUGAGCUGGAUGGUGGAAGCUAUCUGUGUGUCUUCCAGCGACCCAAUGGAGAGGACAUGGAGCUUUUCCAGGUUGAGGUGUUAAUGACUCCUCCGAAAAUCGAACAUGUGAGGACGGCACAGACCAGGGUCACUUUUGGGGAAAACUUCCAGGUGGACUGUGUGGCAACUGGCCUACCCGAUCCAGAAGUUUUCUGGAGUCUUCCAGAUGGAACAAUAAUCAACAACGCCCUUCAGUCAGAUGAUAGCGGCCUUCGUAACCGCCGAUAUGUUAUGUUUGGCAAUGGAACUUUACUUCUCCAGCAGAUGGGCAAAAAAGAUGAGGGUGACUACACUUGUUAUGCCAAGAACAAACUGGGAAAAGACGAAAGAAAAGUGAACGUCAAAGUGGGACCAAAUGCUCCGAAAAUUAGAUUCAAGUCACAGUCACUAGUGACGAUAAAACUGGGAGAAUCAGCCAAACUGAGUUGUGAGGCAACUGGUGAACCUACACCUAGAAUCACAUGGAUCUCACCACAAAAGGAUGCAAUACCAGCAUCAUCGGACAAAUUUCAGAUUAUGGAUGGUGGAAUGUUACUCGUAAAGAAAGUGACACUGUCUAGUGAAGGAAUAUAUACAUGUUUGGCACGAAAUUCAGCUGGUGAUGAUGUAAAGAAUGUAAAAGUUGAAGCUGAGCCCCAGGAACCCUUUAUCAAUGGUGUGAAAGGGAGGAGUACCACCAAGGUUUUGGGUGUAUCGUACCAAGCAGCACAUCUGCAUUGUAGAGUGGAAGGAAAACCGGAACCAAGAGUCUGGUGGGUUACUCCUUAUGGCCUCUCACUCCCAGCACCCUACCUCGGAGGUCGCUUUCAAGUCCAUCAAAAUGGGACCUUGGAGCUGAGGGGAUUAAGGAAAACAGAUGAAGGGAGGUAUAUGUGUCUAGCAAAAAACAACAUGGGUGAAGCCUCACUUUUGGUUGAAUUUGAUGUAGCAUCAUUAGCAGAGAAACCUACUUUUUCUGUUCCCAAUAUUGAGAUCUUACCAAUAAAGCCAGAUGGAGGGGAACUGACUCUUGAGUGCUCUGCCCGUGGCAAGCCAAGCCCAGAGUUUUCAUGGAUACUACCCAAUGGCACAUUGUUGAUGCCUGGUGCUAGACUCCAGCGGUUCACCCAUUAUUUAGGCAAUGGAACUCUGCGGAUCUCUCGACCAGUUCCAGCUGAUAAAGGAGUGUAUCGGUGCCUAGCAAAAAAUGUUGCAGGACAAGCAGAGAAACGCUAUGCCCUGGAAGCUGGGAAAAAGCCAGUGAUCAGAGGAUCUACAGGUGGGAUGAAGAUCACUUAUGGCCUCAAUCUGAACUUGCCUUGCACUGUGGAUGGCUGGCCGCAGGCAUCAAUCACAUGGAUCCUGCCCAAUGGUGUUGUUUUGGACAAACCUCAAACUAUUGGCCGAAUAUCUUUCUUUCCCAAUGGUACGCUCCAGCUCAGGCAGAUGGCUACCUUUGACAAAGGAACAUACAUUUGUAAAGCCUCCAACUCUUUUGGCUCGUCAGCACUAUCCUACCCAGUCACUGUGAUGGUGUUCCCUCCACGAAUCACAAGUACAAUGACUUCCAUCACCAGAGCGAACAGGGGAUCGCCCGUGAUGUUAAAGUGUGUCGCAACUGGUAUUCCAAAGCCAGACAUUUCAUGGACGUUACCUGGGCGCACCACACUGGUUCCACACAGCCGGUACACGGUACAGGGAGGAAUUCAUAUGACAGAGGAGGGCAGUCUGGUCAUACAGAACCCUGUGCUCAUGAACUCUGGUAUUUACAAAUGCAACGCAAAAAAUGCCCUCGGAACGGAUUUCAAAUCGACAUACUUACAAGUUGUUUGAAUUACUUUAACAAUCAUUUGUGUUCAGAAUAUCUCACAUCAGUGGUCAGGAUAGGAUUUUUUUCCAUUAGGUUUGAAUAUAUCGUCAGUGACGAGGCAGAUUUAAAGCUGGUUGACUAAUAGCUUCGCUUGGGAUUUCACGCACUGCAGUUUGAAAAUGAACAUUUAUUAUUUGUGAAGCGUAAAUCACAUUUUUUGUUUGUUGUCUGUUUUUGUUCAGUAUACCUACUGAUCCUACAGGUCUUUUGUCCUGUUGCGAGCUCAUCUUCUAGGCAUUACUCCCAUAGAUGUGAUUUCACGUUACCUUUACAACAUUAUAGUUUAUUAAAUUUUUUUUCCCUAAACAAUUGUUGCCGCUUAACAGCAUGUUCUGUCAGAUAACAUACCUUCAUGCUUUACUUUCUGUACCAAUCAUCUGCAUACCGUAUUGCAGUUUUUUGUUUUUGGCAGAUUAAAGUGUUUGUAUAAAGAUUCAACAAUUCAUGGUACAAAAGAGUAGAGUUUACUGCAGACAUCUGUAAGUCCUGGCUGUGUUUGCUAAGUACCAUACAUGAUAAACUUUCAAUGUCUCUUUUCUAUGAGGAUUCAAUUACCUCUUAUUACUACAGUGUGUUUGAGCAAAUGAUUCAGUGUAUGUAUCAGUAUCAUUUAUUCAUGUUCAUAAUGGUGGGAAGGAAUAGUUCAUAGCUGGUUGUGAACUAUUAACAAAAUAUGUAAGUACAUAAUUUAUAAGUUAGUAAUAAAAUAUCCAGAUUUU